ACGACGGUGGAAGAAUCGAACCAUUGCUGGAUGGUCCCACUCUAAAUUUCUCAAUGGAAUCGACACGAAGCUCAAGCUUUGUGCUUUUUCUUUUUCUCUCUCCUUUCUUGGCACUCAAUCAGACUUUUCUGUAGAGUGUUCAAUAAUUUUUUAUUUAUUUUCCGUGAGGCCGAAUUCUCUCCGCCUGCGUUUAAAAUCCACGAACUCGAAGGCAUUUAACGGUACCGUUAUUGGAGAAAUUCAGCGCUUCAACGAUGAAAAAGCAAUCGUCGAAGAACUCCGAGGCCUCCGCUCAGGUGGACUCGCCUCACUCCCCGCUUCGGUUUCAAUCGCCUUUGCGAUCCGAACAGGGCGACCCGCCUGAAUCACCCGAGUUCCGAUCGCCGGAGAACUCGCCGGACAACUCUAAGGCCAUCGUAGCCGUCAGCAAAGUUAAUCAAUACUCUCCCGCUAGAUCCGCCUUGCCUCCUUCGGACCGCCAAAAGGUGCCGGAGAAUGCGCCUCCGGCGAGGUCCCCUGUAUCGAUGAUGACGGUUAAUCGGGCCAUGAGGGAGGAGCCUCCGCCGUCCGUGACGAAGGUGGGGCCCGCAAGCGGCGUAGGGCGUGCUGUAGACGGUGGUCAUGGUAGAUCGAGGGGGGCGGGGUCUACUGUGGCAAGGUUAAAGAGGGAUGUUAUGUUGAGGAGGGCGGCGUUAGGGUUUAGGUUGAGUGAGGUGUUGCUUUGCUUGAUUUCUUUUUCGGUUAUGGCUGCUGAUAAAACCCAAGGUUGGAGUGGCGACUCCUUUGACCGCUACAAGGAAUACAGGUAUUGUUUAUCAGUGAAUGUUAUUGCUUUUGUAUACUCUGGAUUUCAAGCAUGUGGUCUGGCCUGGCGAUCAGUCACUGGAACAAACAUUAUCAAUCACCAUCUCCGCUGUCACUUUGAUUUCUUCAUGGACCAGAUUCUGGCAUAUCUUCUAAUAUCAGCAUCGUCAUCUGCAGCAACGCGGGUUGAUGACUGGCAAUCAAAUUGGGGGAAAGACAAGUUCACAGAGAUGGCCAGUGCUUCCGUUGGAAUGUCAUUUCUGGCUUUCAUUGCCUUCGCCUUCAGCUCACUCAUCUCAGGCUACAACCUCUGUGCCCCUACCUCCAUUUGACCUUCAUCUAUACGCACCCUCUAGUCUCUGCUCUUUUCUUCUUGUUCCCCUAUUUAUGUUUCGAGGGAAUGGAUCGUUGGAGUAAAAUGUUGGAACCCGACAUGAUUUUUUUUUACUGUACAGGCACACACAAAAAUCUUGUUAAAAUAUACAUGAUGUAUUCCAAUUCCCAUUACCAUAAUGAAGCAGAAAGGAGGUCUUGUUUUCUUUCCA